AUGCGGCUAGUCUAUCAGAUCCAGAUAAGCCCAAAAAGGAUCUCCGGAUCAACAGUAGCAGAGUCACCAAAUAAAGACCACAAUCGAGUCGAGAGUGAUCCAAAGGUUAACAGAGAGGACUUAUCCUUUAGUCAAAAGCUUUCAGGCUUCGCAGAUGAUAACAUCGGAGAUGCCAUUGGUCACCGAGUCCAAUCACUUGAUUCGUACAAGCGCCGGCUUCACAGCUACAAAACACGCGAGGACAUCGCCAUGGAACUUGUCUUCAAGCCCGUCACUCAACAAGACAGUGAUACUCGCAUUAACACUGCUCUCGAUACAAAGGAAAACAGUGCCAAAUCUCCUUUCCGAAAUGGAUUGAGAAAUAUUGCGACUAUUCUCAUAUCAAACAUACACAAGCUGGUAUCCAUCAGAAUCAACUCCUUGCUUCUGGAAUCUCUUGCAACUACAUGUCCAUCGGAGAGCCUCUCCCAGCGCCUCCGGGACUUGAGCGAGCUUAAAGUACCUCCUAUUUCGUCAAAUAAGCUCAAGGCAGAGCUCUGUUUCCUCUCUCAACAUCAUAUGCAGUCCGAAUUCGAGUCCUCAAUGUCGACGUCGACAAAGGACGAGACACAUGGCCCUUUAGAUCUUGGGAUAACGGACAUGAAACAUCUGAUCAAGCGUCCAUCCAACGCCUCAGCAAACUCGGAGAUCAACCAGCCAUCACCCAUGGUCCUCGUCGAAGAGUUCCGCUUCCAGUGGGAUAUCCCUCACUACCCUGAGAUCGACGACUUGGGCCAUGCCCAAUCACCAGGGCACGAGAAUCAUCCGACAUCGAAAUCUCUGGAACACCGCAAGGCUGUCUUGAAUUCGUUCGACUGGCGGAACAAGAUACUUCUCGAGCUGGAGGAACCCCCCUUCCUGGCUACUGUCGCUACCGCAAAGUCUAUCAUGAAACAGCUUCUCGAUCCGGAAAUUGAGGAACACUGUAUCGAAGGUUUCUGGAGUUCGGAAGUAGUCCAACUUGUCGACACGUACAAACUGCUUCGCGAUGACCAGACUUGUGGCCUACGUUUGCUCUAUGACCAGGCCAUAGAUGAAAAGAACCGACAUGCACCAACUGACAGGAUUGACUGCAUUCGCUGGGUUUUCUACUAUAAUCCAAUCAUGACUCAAGCUCUUGAGUUGGCAUACAAGUACUGCAGGGACGACAAGGAACGUCUUGUUGUAUAUGUCGAAGAACCAUGGAUUCAGUUUAUCGCUGUGGCCUUGUUCGUCGUAGCCGGGUUCAAUGUUGGCAGUAUCCGGUCCUCAGACACUGGCGAGGAGCAAUUCAAGACCAUGGACCAAUGGAAGAACAAAGCCUCCGGUUUGGAGAUCCUCGUUGCCAACGUGAAUACCAAGGUCAGGGAUGUCAAUGCGCAUACAGACUGUACCAAAGGGCUGCUGUUGAACUGGACUCUUGAACCAGCGCGCAUGCUCAAGAUGAUCAACAAUAUGGGUAGCACCAACCAGAAGAAGCAGUCCAUCUUUCACAUGCUCAAGGUCGCCGAUACCUACCACGACGUCAUUGAGAGGGUCUGUUGCACAAAGUGGGCGAUGCAGCUUUCCAAGGACAUCAAGCUCCCGGAAUGGAUGACUGGUGUCGUCCGCGAGAUCUGCAUCUUUGAGCUGAUCAAGUCAACUUGGCACCAGCAAUUCAACCGUUACGCCUGUGUGGUGGCAUGUGAUCUGAAAGGCCAUGACUUCGAGUAUCAUGAUCCCGAAUGGUGUCAACUUGGCCAUGUCUUCUCGAUCGCGGCGAAGUUGAUGCUUCACCAUCCCGAAGACAAAGACUUCUGGGUCGAGAGCAUGCCUAUCCUCAUGGAACUUUGUUUUCACUUCAAGGAUGCAUUCGAUAAGUCCGAUGGUCUUGAAUGCCGGUUGAGUCUUACACCUAAAGAGAUGAGAAAGUUGUUCCUCCCGAUAUUCAAGGGGAUGAAAAACACUCGGAAUCUCAAGCCGGCCCGAGACUGCACUAACAAUUUUCCAAGUCCGAACAUCCGCUUGUUUCCGCCCUCUCACCUCUCUCUGCACAUCCGCUUCCGCACGCUUCACCGAAAAACCCCAAUCCCAGAUCACCAGAGCAUGCGACCCUCAGAACCAGAACGCUACAUCCGCAGCCGCAUCGCCAACGCCUGCGACGGAUGCAAAUCCCGCAAAGUCAAGUGCGACGGUAAAUUACCAUGCAGCUACUGCACGCGUCGCCAAAAGCCCCACGACUGCCACUACUCUCCCCAGCGGCGGCGUAAAGCGCACUCUGUGCGCUCACCGCAGACUUCAGAGCGGGCUCAGUCUACGAGACACACUACGCCUUCUACGCCUGCUGCUGAGCCUGUGAGGGAAAAUGGAGCGCAGAUUGACAGAGAUGAUGGAGGACAGAUUGAUGCGGAGGAUGAGACGGAGGUUCCGAGGGAGGCGAGGUUGGUGUGCGAUGCGCAGGGAAAGUUAAUCUUUGUGGGCGAUUGUGCGCCGCUUUCGUUUUUUCAGAGCGUGAGACAACUUGUCACUACACGAGUUGGGCAGAAUGCUUUUGCGCCGCAGUCGAGUCGGUAUUCUGUUCUGGAAAAUGCGACGGCGCAUCAGUCGAGACGGAUACCGGGUGAUAACCGCAUACCAAUCGUUCAUCCAGAUGAUAUUCCCCCAGCGGUGUCGAAUUACUUGUCCAUUGCGACUGGACUCGUGGAUCUGUUUGAUAAUCGACGACUUCAAGAUGACCUUAUCCUCUGGGCGAACAUGGACCAGAAGCAAGAUGAUGCUACAACAAUUGUCAACUUCCUCGUCCUCGCCAUCGGAACGAAGAUCAACGAUGAGGAGCGAUCACAGGAUUACUUUGAAUAUGCGCGCGAUAAGGCAUACUCCAACCUCACUGGCAAUCUCAGCGUCUCAACAGUCCAAAUGUUUACGCUAAUCACACUAUACAUGCUGUGUUCAUGCCAGAUCAACGGAGCGUUUCUCUUCUUCGGAACAGCUGUACGCGCAGCUUAUUCGAUCGGCAUUCACAGAACAGAAGUCAACGCGCGUUUUGGGCCGGAUAUUCACAGACAGCGCGAUCGUCUUUGGAAGAGUAUACGCGUCGUUGAUCUUUUUCUGAGUUCUUCUAUGGGUAGACCGCCUGCUACGUCGGAUGUUGAUUGUACGGUUCCGUAUCAAAGUCCUGAUGAGAACGUAGAGGAACCGGUGGACUUGCUCAAUGCAUCUGUGCAGAUAUUCUUGGUGCUUGAGGGUGUUGUAACGGAGAUUUACUCACGACGAAAAGUGUCGCUGCAACUUACGGAGGGGAUAUCACUCCAACUACGAGAUUGGUCUUCGCGCUGGUUGAAACAACUCAAGGAUAUAGUUGCAAAUCCGGAGGCUCAGGAUAGAGCUCAGGCGAGUGGUGCUUGUCAGAUCUUGGCUACGUAUUAUUACGCCGUCAUGCUGGUGUCGAGGCCAUUUCUCAUGUAUGAGCUUUGUCGGCGAUUAUCGGAUGGGUCGCUCAACUCGAAUGGAAGAUCUGCUUUGACGAGUGGAAAGUCGAAACUCGCUGAUGCUUGUAUUGACGCGGCGAGUCUCAUGGUUGAUCCGAUACUAGAUCUCAUUCAGAAGGGGAUUCUUGUUGGUCAUGUUCCCAUUCUUGUGUCAUGGUUAUUUGCCAGCUCUCUUGUCCUAGGCGUCGGCCUCCUCGGUGGUUUCGGCCGCGUCCUCGAGAAAUACACCCGCAUGGCCAUCCACGCCCUAGACCACUGCUCCAAACACGACACCCACGCAGGCCAAUACUCCCUCAUAGCCCAAUCCCUUCUAACAACCGCUCUCGAGUAUCUCGAAAAGCGCGAACUCGCCGAACGCCAACGACGCACGGAAAACUCAAGCCAACUGUUUGGUCUCAUACCCUCCGACACGAUGGACUCAUCACCCACCUUCACAGGCCAGUCAAUGACAACGCCCUCCUCUAGAGGGCGCGAAUCACUGGAUAGGACGUUCCUACAGCAUAACGGUCUACAACAUGUCGGAUCACCGUUGUUUGGGGACUUGGACUCAGCCUUUCUGGGGCUGAGCGAGAGUAUGAUGCAGACGCCUGAUCCGAGCUACUGGGGCGGACCGAUGGGGAAUGAGGCUGAUUCAGGGUCGGCUUUGAACUUGUUUGCGCUGUUGGAUGCGGGAGGUGGUAUUGACCUGACGCAUCAUCUGUGA